UCUCCUGCGCCCCGCGUUCGCGCGUUUUUCAGGGGCGGAGCUUUGGCGCAUCAUGGCGGCUGGCCAGGCUCAGGCUCUUAGCUCCGAGCAAGCCUGGCUUGAAGCUGCCCAGACCUUCAUCCAAGAGAGCCUUUGUCCAACUGGCAAGGGACCUAAUGUCCAGUUCACUCAGUCAGUGAUUGACUGUGUGAAGACUGUUUGGUUGUCCCAGGGGAAGAACCAAGGUUUUACACUGCCCCUCAGCUACAGCUUUGUCUCAGUACAGAACCUCAGGACCUAUCAGCAUCUCCCAUGCUGCAGCCAUCUGUCCUGGAGCAGCAUUGCAUACCAGACAUGGGCCCCAGAGGCUAGGCCAAAUGGGGUCCCUCUUCCCCGGGAGCGACUGUUACUUGUAGGAACAUUAACAGACCUUUCAGAGGAACAAGGAUGCAGGAAUGGAAGCCUCUACGUGAGAGAUAACACUGGUAGCCUGGGCUGUGAGAUUGCAUCCUGCCUGCUCAGGCAUAGAAGCAAGCUCAGAGGUGAGAAGCAAAAUCUGGCCGGGAAGCUGAUUCGAUUGAGUGCUCUGGUGAAAAGUAAAAAGAAAGCAUACUUUAUCCUCUCUCUUGGUGAAUUAUCCCCAGCUGUUAGCCAAGCCAUCAACCAUGUGUCCAUUAUCGUCCAGAUCCCUGCCCAGCUGGUGUGGCACCAUGCUCUUUGGCCUGGUAAGGCCUAUGUACUGACACAACUGCGAGUAUCCAGGAUCCCUGGUUACCAUUACUGUGUUUGGAUGACCAGUUCCUCCUCCCAUCUGAUGCUGCUGGAACCAGGACGUGUACAAGAGCUGGAGCUGGAAGGACCCUUCUUGGAGGCUGAUUCCAAAUCACAUCCCACAUCCAGCAACUUCCAGGACAAGAAGGGUCCAAAAGGUCUUAUGCGGGAUUCUAGACUCUUAAACUAUAUGGGAACAGUCACUGGUGUGUUGAAUGAGCCUGCUGGCCUCUAUGAACUGGAUGGGCAGCUAGGGCUCUGCCUUGCAUAUCAGCAGUUCCGUGCCCUCAGGCGGGUGAUGCGACCAGGGGUCCGCCUGGAGCUCCAGGAUGUUCACCUCCUCCAGUCGGUGGGUGGAGGGACAACAAGACCAGUGCUAGCAUCCUGCCUCCGUGGAGCUAUCCUGCUUCGGGGUUUUUCCUGUCAGAAGCCUGGAAGACAGUCGUCCCACCAAGCUCAUGGGGCUUCCCUGUAUGAGCAGUUGGUGUGGGAAUGGCAGUUAGGUCUUCCCCUCUACCUGUGGGCUGUCAAGGCCCUGGAGGAGCUGGCCUGCAAGCUAUGUCCCCACUUGUUGAGACACAAGCAGUUCCUGCAGCAUUCCUCUCCUGGAAACCCCAGUCUGGGAUUACAACUCCUGGCUCCCACCCUGGAUGCUCUAGCUCCGUCCAGCAGAUCCAUUCGGAAUGCACAUACAGAGAUYCUUGAAGAGCCACAUCACUGUCCCCUCCAGAAAUAUGCUCGGCUGCAGAUUCCCUACUCUUUCCCAGCUCUGGACACUCUGGAAAAGGAAGGACGGUGUAGGGCUUGGGCCUCCUUUGACCCAAAGGUACUUCUGCCUCUCCCAGAGGCUGCCCACCUGUCCACAUGCCAACUCAAUAACCGCCUGGCCUGGUCCUGGCUCUGUCUGCUGCCUUCUGACUUCCACCCAGCCAAGGCUUUAGUCGGGGUUCUGGUGGCUUCAUCUCAUAAAGGUUGUCUGCAACUUCGGGACCGAAGUGGUUCCCUCUCCUGCCUGCUCCUGGCCAAGCACUCACAACCCCUCACUGACCCACAGCUUGUAGGCUGCCUGAUACGGACAGAGAAGUUCCAGUUGGUGGUAGAGAGGGACAUCAGAAGCAACUUCCCUUCCUGGAAGGAGCUAGGCAUGACUGGUUUCAUCCAGAAACAACAGUCCAGAGUCUACGUCCAGUUCUUUCUGGAGGAUGCCCUGAUCCUUCCUGUGCCCAGAUCCUUUCAUCACUCCUCAGCACCUCCUCAGACAGAGUCUACCGGUGUAGAGGGACCCCACAUAGGACAGAGCCGACUAUUCUUGCUGUCCCACAAAGAGGCCCUCAUGAAGCGGAAUUUUUGUGCCUCCUCAGGAGCCACCUCAGGGUUGCCCAAGCCCACCCUCAGUUUCCAUGUAUCAGGUUGUUGGCUUGGGGGCACCCAGAGGAAGGAGGGGACUGGUUGGGGCCCGCCUGAGCCCCUGACAGAUGAGAGCAAGGAUCAGAAGGUUCUUCUCAUCUUCCUUGGCUCUUCGGUCCGCUGGUUUGAGUUUUUGCACCCAGGGCAGGUUUACCGAUUUGUGGCUCCUGGCCCUGCUACACCAAAGUUGUUCGAGGUGGAAGAGUCAUCCUGCACAUCUCAGCGUCCUCUGGAGUUGGCUGGCUGUGUGUCCUGCCUCACCGUCCAGGAUGAGUGGACCCUGGAGCUUGAGAGCUCUCCAGAUGUUCUGGGAAUACCCAAAGCAUUGCCUGAAUCCUCGCUAACCAACUUGCUUAGUGCCAACCUCACUGAUUCCUUGGUGUCUUUCUCAGCUGCGAUUUUGUCACGGAUAAUGUGGAACACUGAGGAUGUAAGAAGGUGUGUGAAGMUAACUGUAUCUAUAGAGACUGUUGACUCUGAAUUCCCCCCUCGCCUGGACAUAUAUAUUGAAGACCCACACUUGCCUCCCCCACUAGGACUUCUCCCAGGAGCUCGAGUAUACUUUUAUCAACUGGAGAAAAGGGUUUCCAGAUCCCACAAUGUUUAUUGUUGCUUCCGGUCAUCCACUUACGUGCAGGUCCUGAGUUUUCCCCCGGAGACCAUAGUCAGUGCUCCAUUGCCUCACAUCUACCUGGCUGAACUUCGGCAGAGUAGCUGGGGCCCAUUCCAGGCCACUGCUUCUUGCCAUGUUGUUUCUGUUGUCAGCCUCCAGCUCCAGUGGGUGUGUGCUCAUUGUACCAGUGUCUGCCCCCAGGGAAAGUGCCUUCGUCAGGGUCCCACUUGCUUCACUCAGGCAUCUAUAAGCCAAGCCAGCAUCAGGCUUCUGGUAGAGGAUGGGACUGCUGAAGCUAUGGUGACCUGUACAGAUUAUCAUGUGGCAGCAGCACUAGGGUUGUGUGCUAAUGAGUGGUCCUCCCUCCUAGAAUUUGUCCGAAAGCCAGGGAGAGUAGUCUUGCAAUUUAUGGAACCUGGAGCCCAACUAGAGUCUUCAGCUAAGACUGAGGAUCCUUUGACACUCUACCUCCACACACUUUGUACCAGCCCCUCUGUCCUCCGCCCCAUUGUGCUUUCUUUUGAGCUUGAGAGGAAACCCUCUAAUAUUACUCCAUUAGAACCUCCUCGGCUACAGCGGUUCCAAUGUGGAGAGCCUCUCCUGACUCGGGUGAAUCCCAGGCUCCGACUGGCCUGUCUUUCUAUCCAGGAGUAAGAGUACCCCAUCUCUUUGGGGGCUUUUGCUUCCUCUUGUUAACCUGAACCACAAGGAUCAUCAGAAAAUUCUUCCUUAGGGAAGGAUUCAGGCCUUUUUCCCCCUGGAGUGGUUGUGGCCACUCCCCACAUCCUUGGAUUCACCAGCUGCUACCCCACUGUAAUUUCUUUUAUUCUGGUGCCAGCCUGUCUCAGGAACAUUGUGGGAACAGCAAAUCCUGCACUAUUGAUAUUUCCUUUGCUUGAGAGUCAAGGCAUCUGCACUCACAGGUGGACCUAAGCAUUUUGAUCUUCCUUUGUGGCAGGAACUAGAGGAACAGAAAAGGCUUGCUCCUUGUGAGGAUGUUGUGACAGGUUCUUUGACCUGCAAUAAAGCACUCUGGGGACAUUUCUCAUUUAGGUUCAUCUCUACAGUCUCAAUCUCUCUGACUCCCUGGUGGCUAUAGCACCUUUGUUCAUCAUUUCAACCCCUUGUUUACACUAUUGUGGAAAGCGAUUUGUAGAAGAGCUUCUGGUCCAGCAGACUGAUACCAAAGUCAGAUCCCACAGGGAGUAAAUUGAGGAGUGGAGGGCAGUUGGGAGAAUAUGGCUAUGGUGCUCUCAGCAAGGCUGGGCCUGGGGAAAAGUGAAGUAUGAGAGCCUAGAGACACUGGGAAGUACAGCAUGGGUGUGGGGAGGGAAGCAUCAAGCACUAGGAGGAGCAUGUGAAGACUCUGGAUUCCUCCACUGUCAAGACUCCACAUAAAGGGUCAGCACGGUGGGUUUCCCCAGGGCCUCGGUAUAUCGUUUGACCCAAGAGGAGAUCAGGAACAUCCAAACCAACGGAUAGAAUUAUGAUCUGCACGUGUUUUGUUGUUCUCUCAUUUCAGCUGAGAGCUGCUUGCUUCUAGGUGGAGAGGUAGGGCAAAGCCCCUUUACAGCACUUAAAGAGCAUUUCUUCUUGGCUGUUAGAUAGGCUUCAGUCGGCAUUGGGGUAUCUUAAUUUGACUCGCCAAGGUUGUGAUUUCCAUGUUUUGGCUGGAUUUGCUCCUUCCCUAACAGAAUACCAGAAGUGGAGAAGCGGGGAGCAAAUAGGGCAUGUCUGGCCGGUUAGCUCAGUUGGUUAGAGCGUGGUGCUAAUAACGCCAAGGUCGCGGGUUCGAUCCCCGUACGGGCCAGAGUUUUCUGAUUUUCCUCAAUCUUCGGCCCUGAAAUACUCCUGCCCCACCUCGGAGCUUUUUGAUCACCGAGCGUUACACCUACUGUUUCUCAAAACAACUUCCUACAGCGCUCCAGGAACUGGAAAGAGACCCACACAGGCAUCUUCGCGUCCUCUUCCGGGAGGCUCAGUUAUCGGAGGCUGUUGGGAGAAUGGAGAAGAUCUCCAAAAAGGCGGGGCCGGAAGGCAAAGGCUGACUCCAAUUCUAUUUGAUUCUGUCGUUUUCGCGGUCCUGUCUCAGUCCUAAUAGGCUUGGAAUAAAAACAGUAACAAAGAGCAUAGUGCUUGUGACGUGGGGGAACUAAGAAAGGCACAGAAAGAACUUUACAUAGGCGKGUAGUCGUGGCCGAGUGGUUAAGGCGAUGGACUAGAAAUCCAUUGGGGUCUCCCCGCGCAGGUUCGAAUCCUGCCGACUACGUGUAGUUUUUGCUCUUGCUCGAGGAGACCCUCUAAUCCAAUCGGCACUCUCCAAAUACCAUUAUCUCAGAAUUCUAGAAUAUGAGAAGCGCCCCAACU